CCUUUUUUUUGACUAUUUUGCUCAUGAAAAUUAUGUUGAUGUUUACUUGUUCAAUUAUUGUUGAAGGAAUCUAUAUUCCGCUUUUUUGAUUUUUUAAAUAAGUUUCUACAUGCAUUUCUUUUGCACCUGCCAAAUUUCAUGAAAAAAUAUUAUGUAGCAAUUAGUUAAUUCAGUUAAACACUUUUGGUACCUAAUUUCUGUUUUCAAAAAUAGCCGAGGUGGGGCUGAGGGGGAGAGAGUUUUUUUUUUCUUUAAAAAUGUUUAUUGCAUAAUGUUUCACUUAGAUUGUUAGUAAUUAAAAAAAUGAAUAAUAUAAAUGAACUGGGUAAUCAAACAGAUAGUAAUUUCAUAUGUUUUUUCAUAAUAAUACUAUUGUUUAUUACUUUAACAAGUAUUUUUUUGUUAAACUUUUGAAAAUCAUUGACUAGAUAAAACCUAUUCAAUGCUUUUUUUUAAGUAACCCCUAAUUUUCGUUAUUUACACCUUUAUUUUAUUUGUUAUUUACACAGUACUUUUCUUUGCUCUUUACAAAAUUGUUUUAUUGGAUUUGUUGCCAAAAAUGUGUAUUUUUUUUUUAUAUAUUACACCUUUUUUAACAUUAGCUUCAUCGUCAUCUGAUGCAGUUGUUUUAUCAACAUCUGCCAGUGACAAAUUUUUUCAGAUCUGUAUAGAGUUAAUGUCGAAAUCAAAGUUAUUUUGGUUAAUUUUUUUACCUUUAGCUUUGUCACCAUCUGCUAUGGUUGAUGCAGGCUUACUAUUUCAUCAGUUUUUGAGAUUCCUCCAAUCAACUCAGCCUUCCACUGUUUUAGUUUUAGUUCCAUCUACAUCUGAAACAGUUGUUUCAUCAACAUCUACCACAUUUAGAAAGUUUAAAAGCUAUUUCUUUGUUCACUUUGUAUGUAAUAUGUGUAUCUGCAUCUACAUCUGCUUUGGUUGGUUGGAGUUCAACAACAAACUUGCUUUACCUAAUGGCAAGCCACAAAACUUGUUGUACUUGUUUGCAAGCCACAAAACUUGCUGUAUCUAUUUGCAGUCUUGCAACAUGGUAUUGGGCGGAAGGGGGGCGGUUUGCACCCCUUUUAUGAAGGCAAUUUAUACACCACUGUAACAUGGUAUUGGGCGGAAGGGGGCGGCUUACACCCCCUUCCAUGAAGUCAAUUUAUACACCACUAGUUACUAUUUUUACAAGUAUCGAAAUAUAUUUUUUAUUUUUUAUACUAAAAUUAAUUGUUUUAGUAAAGAUUGAAAUAUUUAAAAGAAUGAAAUUUUGAUAGGGUGUUAAACCUUAUUCAAAACCCAACACCCGACUUUGAGAUAGACUUGUAAUAUUCACUAGUGAUGUAGAAUAAAAUAAUAACAAUUUUUUGUAUA